CUACUGUCGAAACAGAAAGAAACAAAGGGGCCAAACAAGAAACAAAGCCAGCUGCCCGAUCGCAGUUUGACUAUUGCUCGGACCGGUCACUGUCGUACUGACAAGGAUCAUGCGCUUUCUUUGUUUGCUUCGGCAAACAUGAUAGCAAACAAAAUUUUGAGAAAUGGUCCUCAAACUGAGAUUAUAAGUUCGAUGGCUCUCGUGUCUACCAUGUGGAAUAAACAAUCCUCGGUCGGCUCUGAGCAGCUACAGAAUAUUGUGCCGUAGGCACACAAGUUGCGUUAAUUAAGUGGCAAUGGCGAAAAUAUCAGCAUUUCGGCCUUUACUCCCUGCUGACUCCACGCCCUCGUCUCAGAGUCGGAGUGAAAAUGGCUCUAACUCCGCUCAAUCUCGUCGUUCCUCGGCUUGUUUCGAGUGUCGCAAGAAACGUGUCAAGUGCGUCGGCUCAUCACCUUGUCACGCCUGCGCUCGGUCGGGAUCAGCUUGCAUCUUUGACCCGUCCAAAGACCGACGUAGAAAAUCGGCACUCAUCUCUGCAGAGCGAUCUACUCAGAGAUACAAGGGAAUGUUGACGCAGCUGAUUCGCACCUUGAUGUUUGACAAUGAUGAGAAAAUUUCUGCGUUGAAGGAGUUCGUCAGAGACCAUGCUUCUGUGGAGGGUUGCUUGAAAAGCCUGGAGUUGAAAUAUCAGUCAAGCUCAUCCUCGGAGAACAGGAUAGCCGAUCAAAGGCUGCACGAAAAGUUAACCAACGCAUUCAAUGAUGGUUUUAUGCUAGAAGAAGAAUAAUCCAGAAGACAUUUUAGUCCGCUGAGGU